GGUUAGGAAAUCAAAUUGGUAACAGUCCAGGAUUAAUUGCAUUGUUUUGGGUUAGCAAACAUGGGAAGUAGUUGUAGCAGUACACAAUAUAUACACAGAUGGCAUGAGCAGAGCGAGCAGUAGAAGCCCUGAGGCCACUCCCCGCCUCUCCUCCACCAUUCUCCUCCCCUCCUUGGUAAUAGUAUAAGUUUUGCAGGCGCCGCUCUUCCCCUAAUAUCCUGGCCAUAGACUUUUGUACUCUAUCUCUACAAAUAUAUAGAGAUCCUAUCAGAAAUUCAAAUCAACAAAAUAUAAACAUGUUGGAUAAUUCAUCAGAGCUUCCCCGGUGGCUUUUGGUCCUCUUGACGGACAAGUUCUUCAACGCCUGCUUAAUUCAUGAGGAUGUUAAGAAGAAUGAAAAGAAUGUCUUCUGCUUGGACUGCUGUGAAGGCCUUUGCCCUCACUGUCUCCCUCGUCAUCGCUCUCACCGCCUUUUACAGAUAAGAAGAUACGUUUAUCAUGAUGUUAUAAGGCUAGGGGAUGCUGAGAAAUUGAUGGAUUGUGCUCAUGUCCAAUCUUACACUACAAACAGCGCAAAAGUAGUAUUUUUAAAUCAAAGACCACAGACAAGGCCAUCAAGAGUGUCUGGCAACCUCUGUAUCACCUGUGACAGAGCCCUGCAAGACUCUUACCUAUUCUGCUCUCUGUGUUGCAAGCUUCAACAUGUACUGAGAACUGGGGGCAAGCUCUCGAAGUAUAUUCGCAAUUAUGAGCUUAUUGCG